AUGGGUCCCAAAACCGUAACACAAUCUCUAGAUCAGAAGAUCUACGAUCUCAUACACGCUCUUCUUGACGAGCAAACAAAGGAGAAGCAAAAUUCGUUUUCCGAUGGGACAGAGUUAGAUCCAUUUGCUCACAUGGCCUUGGCUAAAGAUUUGAGGACUUCUGAAGUUCUUGAAUAUAUUCAAAGAAAGGACUUCAAGCUCCGUAGAAUGAAGAGAGUGACUUUAGAAAAAUCUAUCGAUGCCGUAUUGAAGGUGUGUAGAGAUGACGAGCAAGAAGAGUUUGGUGAAUUAAUGGCUGGAUCUAAGGAUGAAGAAGAGAUGACUGUAGAGGCUGCUGCCAAGAUUGACAGUGACUUUGAAGUAGAUGAAAAGAACUUAAUGGAUGUUAAGGAUUCUAAUGCUUUGAAUAAAUCAGUAGUUUCAUUGUGGAACAUGGCACCAGGAAAAGAUAAGCAAGGCGAGGAAGAAGAAUCAGAGGCCAACAAGGAAGAAGUGACACCAGCACCUACAUCAGAUGAAGCUGCAAAGACCAAGAAAAGAUCCAAGGAUUCAUCAAAGCAGCUCUUGAAAAAGCAAAAGAAUAAAAUCUCGCAUACCCCUCCAACCACAACACUCUCAUCUCUUGGGGGUCUUACAACUAUAACUACUCAACUCAUGGAACUUAUUGGUCUCCCUAUAUUGCACCCGGAGAUAUACAUGUCCACCGGAGUCGAGCCACCUCGUGGUGUUCUCUUAUAUGGCCCUCCUGGGUGUGGUAAGACCACGAUAGCCAAUGCCUUGGCUGGCGAAUUGCAAGUUCCUUUCAUUAAUAUUUCUGCCCCUUCUGUUGUCUCAGGAAUGUCUGGUGAAUCCGAAAAGAAACUUAGAGAGAUAUUUGAGGAGGCUAAGAGUUUGGCCCCAUGUUUGGUAUUUAUGGAUGAAAUCGAUGCAAUCACCCCAAAAAGAGAUGGUGGUGCACAACGUGAAAUGGAAAGAAGAAUCGUAGCACAAUUGCUUACUCUUAUGGACGAGUUAACUUUAGAAAAAACCGGGGGAAAGCCCGUAAUUGUUAUUGGUGCAACCAACAGACCGGAUUCAUUGGACUCUGCCUUGAGAAGAGCAGGUCGUUUUGAUAGAGAAAUCUGUUUGAAUGUUCCAAAUGAAGACCAGAGAUGCUCUAUCUUGGAAACUAUGACCAGAACAUUAAAAAUUAACGAGUCUAGCGAAGUUCCAUUCAACUUCCGCGAGCUCGCAAAGAUGACUCCUGGAUUUGUCGGUGCCGACUUGAAGAGUUUGGUCACUGCUGCUGGAAUUGCUGCCAUUAAACGUAUUUUUGAAAGUAUGAGUGAAUUAGAAGAAGAAGCUCUUUUAAAGGCUGCACAAGAAACAGGUGGCGAAGAUGAAAUGGAAAUUGAUGGUGCUAUUACGACUUCAGUCACCAACACUAUGACCAAUCUCUCAGUGGCUGCCAAUUCAUUCCAACGCAAAUCAGAACAUGAAAAGCUUUCUACUAUCCAAAAGUUUUUAGUUAAGCAUCCAAAUACUUUGACUCCAGAACAACUUGCACCAUUAUCAAUAGAUUAUGCCGAUUUUAUCACUGCUUUACCUACAAUUCAGCCUACCGCUAAAAGAGAAGGUUUUGCUACUGUGCCGGAUGUCACUUGGCAAAAUGUGGGUGCCUUGGACAGAAUCAGGAUGGAGUUGCAUAUGUGUAUUGUUCAGCCAAUCAAAAAGCCUGAACUUUAUGAAAAGGUGGGUAUCACCGCCCCUGCGGGUGUUCUCAUGUGGGGUCCACCUGGUUGUGGUAAAACUUUGUUAGCCAAAGCUGUUGCCAAUGAAUCAAGAGCAAACUUCAUUUCAAUUAAGGGUCCAGAGUUGCUUAACAAGUAUGUCGGUGAGUCUGAAAGAGCAGUCAGACAAGUGUUCCAAAGAGCUCGUGCCUCCGUACCUUGUAUCAUCUUUUUCGACGAGUUGGAUGCUUUGGUGCCUAGAAGAGAUACAUCAUUGUCCGAAUCUAGUUCUCGUGUAGUCAACACCUUAUUGACAGAAUUGGAUGGUUUAAACGAUAGAAAGGGGAUUUUUGUAAUUGGUGCAACUAAUAGACCAGAUAUGAUUGAUCCUGCUAUGCUCAGACCCGGUAGACUUGAUAAAACUCUUUAUAUCGAACUCCCAACUGCCGAGGAAAGAUUUGAAAUCUUGAAGACACUUGUCAAAGCCAAUGGAACUCCAUUGGGUGCCAACGUUGAUCUCAAGUCGAUUGCAGAGGAUGAAAAAUGUCGUAACUUUUCUGGUGCAGACUUGUCGUCCCUUGUUCGUGAGGCCGGUGUGCUUGCAUUGAAGAAGAAGUUUUUCAAGGGACAACAAAUUAAAGAAUUGGAUGCAUCUGGUUACUACUCUGAAACAGACGAGCCAGAUGGAAACGAUAUAGAAGUCACUAAUGACGAUUUCCGCAUGGCACUUGGUAGCAUUCAUCCAAGUGUUAGUGACAAGGAUAGAUCUAAGUAUGAAAGACUCAACAAAAGAAUGGGGUGGAGCAUAAUCCAAGAACCGGAAAAUGAAGAGAAGAAAAAGGAAGAGGUAGCAUAG